GUCCGGGUCUGGGUCUCUGAGGCUCUCGGGUUCAGCGUGUUGCUUAAUUAGGACAUCCCGGAAAGAGCGCGACUGGAGCUGCGCACAGCCGAGAGAGGAGGACGCGCUGGACCGCAUGGUGACAGCGCACCAGCCCCGAACAAACCAGUGGGAAAUACUGACAAAUCCAACUUAACGCCGCGCCAGAAAUUUACUGCAAAGGAGCAAAGGAAGGAGGAUCGUCACCAUGGAGGAUUUAAUGCAGCGGUUGGAGCGUGCUGUGACUUCCCUUGAGGAAAUGUCCGUCACAAUCCUGGCAUCCAGCAAAGUGGCUAAUGGGAACUGUGUCAAUGGCAUAGACGGAGGUCAGAGUGUGGAGGUCUUUGACGUGCUGCUGAAAGGUCCACUGUCAGAUUAUCUGAACUGCAGCAGAGCUAUAGGAACUGAAGUGGAGAAACAUGCAGAGAUGGUGAAUGAGGCGCUGCAGACUCAGAGGGCGUUCCUUCAGAUGGCCGCCACGCACCAGGAGCCUGCGCAGAUGGAGCUCCAAGACCUCCUGAAACCAAUUUCCGAUCACAUCCAGGAGAUCCAGAACUUCAGAGAACGAAACCGAGGCAGUCCGCUCUUCAACCACCUGUCAGCCGUCAGCGAGAGCAUUCCCGCCCUGGGCUGGGUGGCUGUGAGUCAGAAACCUGGUCCGUACGUGAAGGAGAUGAACGAUGCAGCCACGUUCUACACCAACAGAGUGCUGAAGGACUACAAGGAAACUGACAGACGUCAUGUGGACUGGGUGCACUCCUACCUGUCGAUCUGGACUGAAAUGCAGUCCUUCAUCAAGCAGCACCACACGACCGGACUGGUGUGGAGCAAGACCGGUCCCAUUGCUCCUACAUCUCUCACACCCACUGCCCCCUGUCCACCUCCUCCCCCUCCUCCCCCCGGCCCUCCACCGGUCUUUACUGAGGAUGACUCCAAGCCUCAGACAGACAGUGCAACGCCUCAGCACUCAGCUUUGUUCGCCCAACUCAACCAGGGCAUGGGUAUCACUAAAGGUCUAAAGCAUGUCUCAGAGGAGCAGAAGACCCAUAAGAACCCCAACCUUCGUUCUCAAGCAUCGCCGGUAAAAAGCAAGGAUCCCCAGCCUGUGAGCUCUCCCAAAGCAGCUUCCCAGAAAAGACCCCCUCUGCUGGAGCUGGAGGGAAAAAAGUGGAGGGUGGAACACUUUGAGCAGAAACACGACCUGGUGAUCGAGGAGACGGAGUUGAAGCAGGUGGUGUACGUCUUUGGCUGCAACAACUCCACCCUGCAGGUCAAGGGCAAAAUUAACUCCAUCAUCAUAGAUAAUUGUAAAAAGCUUGGUCUGGUUUUUGAGAACGCUGUAGGGAUUGUAGAGGUCAUCAACUCCAGAGCCAUCCAGCUACAGGUGUUGGGAAUGGUUCCUACUAUUUCCAUCAACAAGACGGAGGGCUGCCAAGUCUACCUGAGCAAAGCCGCUCUCAACUGCAACAUCGUCAGUGCCAAGAGCUCUGAGAUGAACAUCCUGAUCCCUGCAGGAGAAGAUGACUACAGGGAGUUUCCCGUCCCGGAGCAGUUCAAGACAGUUUGGGACGGCUCCAAGCUGGUGACAGAGCCCACUGAGAUCGCAGGCUGAUACGCAUGUCAGGAAUCCCUUCACAUCCGUUUAACUUCAUCACCUUUUUGUAUAGAGAUGCACCGAUCCAGUUUUAUCUGAACCAAUCCGAUACCGAUACCUGGGCUGAGUGUAUCGGCUAAUUCCUGAUACCGAUCCGAUACUACUGUUGAAUCGAUAAACUGUAAACCUCGCCACGUUUGUGGUGUUGAAUUAACCACCCCUCGCAACUUAUGCGUUGCAGACGUUGUAUGUCGCACUCGGACUGGUUGGCGUAUCAAGUUUGAAAUGUUUCCAAAUAGCAGACUUGACUCGGUCCGGCGCUUGCUCCAUGUUGCUCUGUGUUUGCUCAUCACCAGCUGCUGUACGUGCUUGGCUUGAUGAUGUAACCGCCGUGAGCAGAAGUGACUAGAUCGCUGUAACUGCAUUGCUAAUAAAUAAAUUAAAAGAUUA